AUGAAAAAGAAAACAGUUUUUCUGUUCAAGAGUCCUAAAGAAAAUGAAGUUGAUAAAUUUACAGAGAGCAUUGAAGAAGCUGGAUUUUCCUGUGUAACAAUUCCAGUACUUUCUUUUCGAUUCAUUAACCAGUCGCUGCUGCGGAGCCAUUUGUCAGCUAUUCAUCUGUUCUCAGCCAUCAUAUUCACCAGUGUCCGCUCAGUGGAGGCUGUUGUUAGUGUUGCCAAAGAACUUGAAACGGAGAAGUCCAUUUUUCAGAAGCAAAGUUUUGUUGUUGGGAAUACCACAGCUGAUGCUGCAAAACGGUCUGGCUUCAGUCCUAAAGGUGAAAAUAGUGGAAAUGCCAAAGCAUUGGCUGAGUUCAUUUUACAUGAAGUUGGUCCUGAUAAAACCAAGCCUUUAUUGUAUCCUUGUUCUAAUAUACAUCGUGACACUCUGCCAGGCAUUUUGACCAGCCAUGGGUUAAAUCUGACCGAAGUGGUUUCCUAUGAAACGUGUCCUAAUGAAAACAUGGAAGAGGCCUUACGAGAAGCUUUAACUUUACAGGGAUUGCCCGAUUACGCAGUAUUCUUUAGUCCUUCAAGUUUCCAGUACACACAGAAAGCUGUUGCAAAAGAUUUGUUGCACUUGGACAAUGUAAAAAUAAUAGCUUUGGGACCUGCAACCUACAAGUCUGUAUGUGAUUGUGGGUUUACUCCAUUUGGCAUGGCGGAGAAGCCAGAACCCCAGAGCUUGCUCCAGCUGUUGUCAUAA